AUGUCAGCCCGUGCCCGGACAGAGAACCCGCAAAGGAUCGCCUGCGCAGGUACCGAGCGUCACCGACCCCUCAGGGCUCCCAGGGCUCUCCCCUGCACUGCAGACUCUCAAGUCCUCCUCACCGGCAGCCUCACCACGCCCUCCUCGAGAGCCUCGGCCCUGCCUACGGCGCGCACAGCGCGGGACCCGAGCGCGGGGCCGCGGCGGGGACCGCAUGACGCUCGGCUGAGGGUUCCUCGUCGCCAACGGCGGCGGAAGGGACACAAGCCGGACCCGACGGAAGCGGCGAGCGAGGGGCCCAGGCUGCCGACAGGCGGCCCCUUAAACCGCGGCAGUCGACGGGGAAGGCCACAGCGCGCCCGCGGCGGCCGGCGGCGGGCCAAGGAUGCCCGGACGCUUAGCGCGGGAGGUGCGCGGAAACGGCGGCGGGGCCGGACCGCGCGGCCCCGCGGCGGCGGCGCGGCAACCUCCGGGGCGGUCCCUGCGCGGGUCCGCCGCCAACCUCCCGGAAGCGCGAAGGCCGCCGCCCCGCGGGGCAAUGAGGGCGGCCGCGCCGUUGCGGCGGGGGCCCGCGGGGCUACAGCAGUGAGGCGGCCUUGCCUGGGGCUGCGGCAGGGCGGGGUCUGGCUGUCCUGGGCGCCGCCGCCGCUCCUGCUGCUGCUGCUGCCGCGGGGGCAGCGCCGCCGCGCCCGCGCCCCACGCCGCCCGCCGGGCCCAGGCGGCCUCGUCGCACCGGGCCGGGCCCUGGCGAGCUCUAGCGGGCCCGGCGCGGGUGGCCGUGGCCGGGACCUCGUGGGCAGCCCGCAGCCUGCGCGCAGGGGCCGCCCCGGCGCUGCCGCGGGCCCUGCCAGGGAGGCGCUGGAGCUGAAGGAUAUCUUCAUCGCGGUGAAGACCACGAGGAAGUACCACAAGAGCCGGCUGGACUUGCUCCUCCAAACCUGGAUCUCCCAGGCGCGGGGACAGACAUUUAUAUUCACAGACUGGGAGGAUCAGGAGCUACGCCUGAAAGCAGGCGAUCAUAUGAUCAACACCAACUGUUCUGCUGUCCAUACUCGGCAAGCUCUCUGCUGCAAGAUGUCUGUGGAAUACGAUAAAUUCCUGGAAUCUGGGCAAAAAUGGUUUUGCCAUGUGGACGAUGACAACUAUGUGAACCCUCGGACUCUCCUGCAUCUCCUGUCUGCCUUCUCACACAGCCAGGAUGUCUAUGUGGGGCGACCGAGUCUAGACCAUCCCAUCGAAGCAGCUGAUCAUGUCCAAAGUGAUGGAUCAAAGACAACCGUGAAAUUCUGGUUUGCCACAGGUGGAGCAGGGUUCUGUAUCAGCAGAGGUCUUGCCUUGAAGAUGAGUCCCUGGGCCAGCCUGGGCAACUUCAUCAGUACUGCAGAAAGGGUGCGUCUUCCUGACGACUGCACCAUUGGCUACAUCAUUGAAGGGCUGCUGGAGGUAAAGCUGCUGCACAGCCCGUUGUUCCAUUCCCACCUGGAAAAUCUGCAGAGACUACAAGGCGAGUCUGUGUUGCAGCAGGUAACCUUGAGUUACGGGGACCCUGAGAACAAACACAAUGUCGUGAGUGUGGGAGGAGUGUUUGGCCUUCAGCAAGAUCCAACCCGGUUUAAAUCUGUCCAUUGUCUGCUUUAUCCUGACACUGUUUGGUGCCCUGCUAAGAAGAUGUCAUAAUUCUUGACCAGCCACUGACACCUGUAUAUUACCUAGUUUGCAGGAGUUGUGGUGGACUUUUUUGGUGGUUUUAUUCUUCUUCUGGGAGACAACCAGUGUUAUCUACAAAGGAGAUAGACAGACUGUUUAGAAAAGCAAUAAGGUGUGGUUUGUUCAGCUGCAGCGUGGAACAUUCCAGGGAGAAUCUUUGUUCUUUUGUCCGGUGGUUUUUCGUAAGAUGACCACAGUGCUGUGUGUACAAGUCACUUCACACUUUCUUCUGAUGUCAUGUGAACCUGUGCUUGGGCACAUCUGAGGCAAAUGCAGUACUGGGAGUGAGACCCUUCUUACUGCCCUUAGGGGCUUUUAGAAGCCAUUGUCUUGAAGCUGGAGUGCUAGAGCAGUCUGUAGUCCCCAUGGUGACAAGAGAGGGGAAGUUUUCACUCAUCUUUCUUGGGAACAGAAUUAUUUAAGAGCUUCUUUGGCCUGCUAGAUUAAAACUCCACCCGUGGGCCAGAAUAGGGUCUGUUCUUAGAUACAGAAAUCCUGGAAUCACUAAGGUAAACGAGGCUGAAAGCCCUUGUAAUGAGAAAACUCUGUGUAAGGGUAAGCUUACUCAGGACUGGAUAAGAGUUGCUUACAGUGCACAUCCUCCCCUGUUGUCCAUGUGUACC